AAUUUGCCAUUCACCCGGACUAAGCCACAAUGCACUGAUUGGACAACUUCUUUGUAAAAUUAAAAUUAAAACACAACUAAAAUUCAAUUUAUACAGAAAUUGAAGCUGGAUUCUGGGGUGUACCACCUGCAUAAUCCAUGCACCCCAAGCAGAAAACGUGCUAGAAAGGCAAUUCUCGAGGUGAAAGCAGCAGAAACAUCAUCGAACAGCAAACCACCUCAAAAGGGGGAGGCGCCUUUCUGCUGCUUCUGCUUCUGCUGCUGCUGCUCCACUUGGCUCCACAUAUCAAUGCAAAACAAUGGAAAUCAAUUGAGGAGAGGCACAUUAAUCACAGGCAGCAGUGCGGUGUGGAGGGGUGUGCAUGCGAAUCGUAUACAGGAGAACAAAUGUGAAAUUCCAGACCCCGGCCAACUGGCGAAGUGUAUUGCGAGCGAGCUAGCGAGCGCCGUGUGUGUGUAAAUGCGUGCUACGGUCGGUCUUAUGCUGUCUCAUGGUAGCGUGGAGCCAGUUAUGUCACGACCCGACUACGAACAGAAUGCCCUGCACCACAGCUCCCUCCUGGUGCUGCUCCGAGGUGUGGGACCCUCGCGGGCACGCAUCCUCCAGCGGGCCUUUGAGAAAGUGCGACGUGUCAACAGCAUCAAAGUGAAUGAUUCCAGUGGAAACACACGCACGAUUUGGGUGCGUUUCAUCCAUGAUCAUCCCGUGGAGCAUAAUGAUUGGGGCGACUUUCAGACACAUCGCCGCCUGCUGGGCCUCGUCACCAUUGGCAAGUUUGACAACCAGACGGAGUUGAAUGAGCUCUGCCGCCAGCACGAGUCCCUGAAGGUGCGCUAUAGCAGCACUCUCUACGAAUCCCGUGCCAUUUUCUUUGGACCCGACGAUCCUAAUGUCCUGGAGACCAUUGGCGAAGACAAGACCACGGCUUCACGUCUCUUGCAGGAUGAUUAUACGACGCCCUCCAACUUCAAAUCUCAGGCGUUCUUCUAUCGCGAGCAGGAUUCAUGUUCGGAUCUGGAGUCGCGCAUUGGGGACUUUGUGAGCGCUCUAUUUUGGGUGCUGGAGUCACGGCGGCUGGAGCGUUCACGGGAGAAGGCAGACAAGGUGAGCCUGUUGCUGGCCCCCUUCGAGAAGCGUGACUUUGUGGGCCUGGACAUGGAGUCGCGGAACAAUCGGAAACGUUGCGUUGGGCGCGUGAUGAAGAAUCUGGCUGACUUGUCGCUGCAAGCGGGCCUCGUCGAUGAUGCACUGAGUCUCUAUCAUAAUGCCAACGAGACGUUGAGAUCUGUAGGCGAUUCCCUGUGGGUGGGGGCCACCGAGGAGGGUCUGUGUGCGGCAUCAGCCAUGCUGUUGUAUCCGCAAAUGCGAGAGAUUGAGACGCUGCAUAGGAACUCGUCGCUGCAGGAGGCGGGCACCUCCCCGCUGAGGCACACGCCAGAGAAAUGGCGAGCCAGCGAUGCCACCAAAAAGGUGACAGCACCCGACUCCACGACGACCGCUGCCGCCAAUGCCAAUGGGGAAGUAGCAGUUCAGCAGCAACAGAAGCUCACCUCGAACUCAUCUUCCUGCUCAUCGGUAUCUUCCCUGGCGACGACGGCCAACAAUUCCUCGGCCUCGGACACGCCAACCACUUCAUCCACGACCACCUCUUCCACAUCCACAAUAUCGGCAGCGCCGCUGGGCAACCAGCGCAACGGGGAGCUGCCCGGUAACAUACUCAAGGCCGAGGAGAUCACCAGCUACUAUCGCAAGGCGAUCAUCAACUACAGCAAAUACCGGCAUGCGGCCACCAUUGAAACGGAGGCGGCGCUCAAGGCCUCGCGCAUCUGCAUCGAACAGAAUCGUCCGUUGGAUGUGGCCAUGUUCCUGCAGAACAUUCUGUACGUCAAUCUGAGCAUGAGCGAGCCAGAGCGCGUCAAGCGAUUCGAGAUCAUUACGGAUCUGUAUCAGCAGAUCGGAUACCAGCGGAAGGCGGCCUUCUUUCAGCGUCUGGCGGCAUUGAAGCAUGUCCAGCAGGGCAGCCAGGCGCCGGACUGGAAUCAAAGCUAUCGCCUGAUGUUGGGCAGCUUUACAGGAUAUCGGCUGUGUCUGGAUCCGCUGGAAGUGUUGGAGAAUGCUGCCGGCUGGCCGGCACUGCAGAUUGAUUUGGUUCAGAGUCUCAUCACGGCUGCCCGGCGACUGGGACACUCGGCCCUGGCCACGCGGCAUAUGACGUUCCUACUGCAGACCCAAUGGGACAACAUGUCACCCACAGAACAAAGCGAAAUGGCUGUACAACUGCAAAAUCUGAGCGCCCAGUGCGAGGGCUCGCCUGUGCCGCUGGUGCUGGAGAAUGGCACUGUGAUACCACCCGCCAAUCUCACAGAUUUGCCCUACUGCCUGGACUUCCAGGUCAAGGAUUUGCCGCCCCAUUUACGGCCGCAGCGGAUCAAGGUGGCCAAGGCAGACAGCGGGCCGUUUCUGUUCACGCCCAUACACUUUAAUUCCGUGGAUAGAAGGGACAAGAAGAAGGAUAAGAAUAAAAUAGCUUUUUUUUGGGUUCAAAACGAUCUGAGCGAGGUCUGUGUGCGCUUGCGGAAUCCCCUGCCAUUCGAGCUGACGGUCACCGAUAUGCGACUGCUGACGAAUGGCGUGGUGUUCGAGUCCCUGCCCCAGACCAUUGUCCUGCAGCCGCAUGUGCCCACCUAUGUGCCGUUGCAUGGCACGCCCAUCGAGACGGGGCAACUGGAUCUCCAGGGUUACAGUACGCACACGCUGGGCGUCAAGUCCAACUGUCGACUGAAGCAUAUGCGCGGCCGUAGCUUUCCGCCCAACUAUCUGGUGGAGGUGAUACCAGCCCUGCCGCGGAUAUCCGUCAAGACCUCGCUGCCACAGACGGCCACAUUUAGUAAUUUGAAUAGUGCGGAUAUUGUCGUCACCUCGGCCAGCCUCACGCUGUACAACGGAGAGUUCUCCAGCUGCACCAUAACCAUUACCAAUGAGAGCGCCACCCUGCCGCUGGAACAUCUGGAGGUGAACAUUAAUUCCAAUGUAGAGCAGGAGCUGCAAAAGAAGAUCUUUCGGAUAGAUGAAGAGGCAUUGCUGGCCAAGCUGCCCGUUCCGCCGCAGGGUUCCAUUGAAUUUGUGGUGGAAGUGUAUGCCGAGGCGGAUUUCGUUUGCCCCCAGCCACCUCCGUCUUCGGUGCAUUCGAGUGCUCCUGCGGCUGGUGAUUAUUGCUCCUCACUGAUGUCCGUCUCAGGUCAUGCCAGCCUGCCCUCGAGAGUUGGCUCACCGCAGCAUCGUCGGCAGGAGCCGCAAACAUCCAGCUUCCGUUCGACCAUGUCCGGGGGGCAGCCUUCACUGGCGGCACUGAGCCUGCAGCCAGGACCCUCCAGCCUUGGCUCGCAGUAUUCGCAGCACGUUGAGGCGCAGAUCCGCUUGAAAUACUCAGGAGGGGAGGCUCUGACGGCGGGAUACUGCCGCCAGUGUGCAGUGUCCUUUAAUUUAGAGCUACUGCCCAGUGCACAGAUCACCAGCUGGGAUGUCCUGCCAGCCGAAAUAGCUUCACAGUUCUACCUGGUGCUGGAUAUAUCCAAUCUAACCGCUCAAGAGAUGUCGCUCAAUUACACAGACAACAAGAAUAUACUCAUCGAGGCCAAAGAAAGCUGCCGUGUGCCCAUACCGGUGGAUCGUUGCUCCCUGGAGCAAGUGUGUGCGGCACGGGCAGCCGAAGUUGCGGAGAAUCUAGAGAGAGAACUCUGUUUUCGAACGCAACUGCUGUCGUUUAACGAUGCUCUGAGCAAACUCUGCUCGGAGCAUAUAGCCGAGCGGGUGAAAAUCAAUUGGCUGCUGACUGGCACCGAUAUUGCGGGCAUUGCCUCCUUGCGGGGCAUAGUCUUGUCGCAGUCCAUGGUGGAUCUCACUGCUGUCUCGCCCUUGCAGUGGUCUAUUAGCUUUCAGGACACGCCCGUGCAGCCGCACAGCGAGCUUGUGUGUACGGUAGGGCAGCGGGUGCUGCUUAGCAUUCAGUUGACCAAUGAUUCGCUGCAGCCGCUCAAGAACCUGGUGUUGAGCAUCAAGUUCUAUCAGGACUAUUUAAAUGGAAUGGAGAAUUACAGUCUGGAGACACGCGUGGCCUUCUCAGGGCCGAAUAGAAUUGCAAUCCCCAUUCUGGAGAAGCAGGAGCAGACGCAGCACACUUGCUCUGUGAUAUUCUUUACGCCUGGACGUUUUAAGGCCAGCAUUGACUGCUCCACCAAUCCGCAACAACAGCAACAACAGUCAGCACGUUCCUGUCCGAGCGCCACAAAUAUUGUCGGAGGUCAAUUAGAUAUGUUCUCGUCCAGCUAUGAUGAGCAGCAGGCGCAUGUUUGGAAGUUUAUACCGCCCAUAGAGGUGACCGUUGUUGAGCAGUGAGGCGGCGAAAGAGUUGGAAAGGAAACAACACUUGUUAAUGUCUCUAGUUUAAUUUCGUUACUACAUAUAUGUAUUUAUGUGCGUGAGUCUCUUGUGUGUGUGUGUAUAUGUAAUGUCUGCCCCAAAAUAUAGUUUGACCCCCGCUCUGUUAUACCCCUAGGCUUGUGGUAAUAUCAAAAGCAAUUGUUCGUAAAGAGAAACAAAACUAUAAACCGAGUAAUAAAUACGCAUAAAUUGUAUAUAAUUAAGCUCAAAACAUAAACAAAAAACGUAUACAUAUAUACCAUAACUAAAUGCUUGAUAGAGAAAAAUGGCCAUAAUAUAAAUCGUAUAGUCCAUAUAUAUAUAUAUAUAUCAAGAGUUAUGCAGCUUUAGGCUUGCAAUGUGGUGUAUUU